AAAAAAUAUCAAAAGCUUUGAUCAAUCAGCUGAACUCUUACUGCCAAGAUACAAGAUGUCUUACAAGUUAGCCAUUUGUCUAGUUGCCAUUUGUGCCAUUUCUUUCGUCCAUGGUUCAGAUGAAGAUGCCCUCCAGGAUUUCUGUGUCCGCGACAAAGACAGCAACACCAUCGUCAAUGGAUUCACUUGCAAGCCUGCUGCGGCCACUCUAGCCAGUGAUUUCAUGUUCCAGGGACUCAGGAACCCCGGGAACACCAACAACAAGCUCGGAUCCAUAGUCACCAAUGCAAAUGUUGGCGUAUUCCCGGGAAUCAACACUCUUGGAGUCUCUUUUGCGAGGAUUGAUUAUGCUCCAUACGGUGUCAAUCCCCCUCACGUCCACCCCCGAGGAACCGAGCUCCUCUUCCUCCAGCAAGGAACACUCUAUGUUGGAUUCGUGAGCACCACCAACAACACACUCUUCGCUCAAACUUUGCAUCCAGGGGAUCUCUUUGUGUUUCCGCGUGGUCUCAUUCACUUCCAGCUCAACGUUGGGGAGACACCGGCUGUUGCUCUUGCGGGAUUCAACUCCCAGAAUCCGGGUGUCACCCAGGUAGCCAAAGCCGUGUUUGCAUCCAAUCCUCCCAUUUAUGACGCUGUCAUCGAGAGGGCGUUCCAGAUCAAUCCCAAGCUCAUCCAGCAGCUCAGGGACCUCAUCAAGCAAACUUAA